GGCCUCUUUCUCUCUCUUCUCUCUUCCCUCAUGAAAAUUCUCCAAUUGCGUUCGUGAAUAAUUUCUGGAUUUCAGAUCUGGAGCUUUGAAUGAAGUGAUUGAUCGAAAUGAUUACCAUUCCAUAUUUGACCGCCUUGACCACUCUCUUCAGCUAUGGAUUGCUCUUCGCCUUCGGCCAGUUUCGAGACUUUUUCAGAAAGAUCUUUGAUUGGUGGAAAGCCAGCAAUCUUCAGGGUUACGCGCCGAUCUGCUUAGGGCUUGAGGAUUUCUACAUUCGCAGGCUGUAUCUUCGUAUUCAGGACUGUUUUGGCCGGCCAAUAUCGAGUGCUCCAGAUGCUUGGUUUGAUGUAGUUGAAAGGUUCUCCAAUGACAAUAACAAGACACUAAAACGAACCACAAAGAUAAGUAAGUGUCUUAACUUGGGGUCAUACAAUUACCUUGGAUUUGCCGCAUCAGAUGAAUUCUGCACACCUCGUGUAAUCGAGUCUUUGAAGAGGUUUUCCCCAGGUACCUGUAGCACCCGUGUUGAUGGAGGCACCACAACAUUGCAUAAAGAAGUGGAGGAAUGUGUUGCAAACUUUGUUGGAAAGCCUGCUGCAAUAGUCUUUGGCAUGGGCUAUGUGACAAACUCUGCUAUCCUUCCGGUCCUGAUUGGGAAGGGGGGGUUGAUAAUUAGUGAUUCUUUGAACCACAACUCAAUUGUCAAUGGUGCUCGAGGAUCAGGAGCUACCGUUCGAGUUUUCCAACACAAUAUACCAUCUCACUUGGAGAAAGUUUUGAGAGAACAAAUUGCUGAGGGACAACCCCGGACGCAUAGACCAUGGAAGAAGAUAAUUGUUGUUGUGGAAGGAAUAUAUAGCAUGGAAGGGGAACUCUGCAAACUCCCAGAGAUUGUUGCAAUCUGCAAGAAAUAUAAGGCAUAUGUUUACUUGGAUGAGGCACACAGUAUUGGAGCAGUUGGGAAAACAGGAAGAGGUGUCUGUGAGCUCUUAGGUGUGGAUACCGCUGAUGUGGAUAUUAUGAUGGGAACUUUCACAAAAUCUUUUGGAUCAUGUGGUGGUUAUAUUGCUGGAUCCAAGGAGCUGAUUCAAUAUCUAAAGUACACUUGUCCUGCUCAUCUAUAUGCAACCUCAAUAUCACCACCAGCUGCACAACAGAUUAUAUCUUCCAUCAAGGUUAUUCUUGGAGAAGAUGGCACUAGUAGAGGGGCUCAGAAAUUGGCACGAAUACGUGAGAACAGUAACUUUUUCAGAUCAGAACUGCAGAAGAUGGGCUUUGAGGUUCUUGGAGAUAAUGAUUCUCCUGUAAUGCCAAUAAUGCUUUACAAUCCAGCCAAAAUUCCUGCUUUUUCACGGGAGUGUCUCAAACAGAAUGUUGCUGUUGUGACAGUUGCUUUUCCAGCUACUCCACUUCUUUUGGCCAGGGCACGGAUCUGCAUUUCUGCUUCUCAUACCAGGGAAGACCUGAUUAAAGGCUUAGAGGUUAUCAGCCGAGUUGGUGACCUAGUGGCCAUAAAGUAUUUCCCUGCUGAGCCCAGGAAGCAACAGCUGGAGGAAGGCAGAGUGAAACUGGAGUGAAAGAUUAAGAAAACGGUGGGGUGCAACUGUUUAGCCUCCGAAAGGAGAUCUAGCUUUGAUCUAACUACUGGUAAAAUAUCAUUAUCAGCUUUGAUGUUUGUCAUUCUUUUUUGAAAAACGAAGACAGAAAAGAUCGGGGACUAUCUGUCUUUGUUAUCUAUUCAUAUGGGUUUUGAGAGUUCCUCCUUGUUAAUAUCAUUACCCCUUCAAAGGUGAACCUUUGCAGUGUCUUUUCUAGGUCUGGAAGCUAUGUGUUUUACCAUGAGAUUUUGAUCUUUGUAUGUAAAAUUGCUGUUAUAAUUCCUUCAAUAUGAUUAUGUAAUCUGUUUUUUGAUAAUUUUAUAUUAAGGGUUUCUUUUGAAA